AUGAUACCUCUAUUGCUUAAGGAGAUAAGUUUAAUCUCAAUUAGUGUCAUAAGAAUAAUUAUGAGGUUAAAGAGAUGCAGAUUUCUUAUGCAUUAG